AUGGACGCGAACGAGGACGACGUCGCCCUCGCGUCGUCGUCGUCGCAGCGGUGGGAGAGCCCAGGGUACGAAACCCUGCGCCUGCUCGUGCCCGAGCUCGAUUCCUCGAGGUAUCACAAGGGCCAGGCUGGCAAGAUCGGCGUCGUGGGGGGAUGCUCCGAGUACACGGGAGCCCCGUACUUCGCAGCCAUGUCCGCGUUGAAGAUGGGCGCCGACCUCGCUCACGUGUUCUGCGCCGAGGGGGCGGGGCAGGUGAUCAAGUCCUACUCCCCCGAGCUCAUCGUCCAUCCGUACCUUCGCGAGGGCGUUAAGGACGUAACGCCGUGGCUUCACAGGAUGGACGCCAUCGUGGUGGGACCGGGGCUCGGACGCGAUCCGACGAUGUCCGAGAUCGCCAAACGGAUAAUCGCCUUCGCUCACGAGCGGGACGUACCCUUGGUGAUCGACGCGGACGGCCUUCGGGUGCUGAUGGAGGAUCAGGGAUUGAUCGGGGGGCCGGGUCGCGCGGUGCUGACGCCGAACAAAGCCGAGCUCGGUCGUUUCAGCGCUCAGAUUGCGCGUACCCGGGGGGAUCCACCGCCGGAGACGACGAUGGCGCAGGCGCGAUACGUCACCGCUCAACUCGACGGCCCGGUCGUCGUGGCGAAAGGGGAGGUUGACAUCGUUGGGCGUCGAACCUCGUCCUUUCGACGUCAUCUCGUCUGCGACGAGCCGGGAUCGCCUCGGCGAUGCGGGGGCCAAGGCGACGUGCUCGCCGGGUCCAUCGCCACCUUCCUCGCGUGGGCGACCAGGAGCAAAGAGGCGGAGCGCGCCAUCGCGCGGCGCAUCGACGUGGAGGGCGAUCACGUGGAGGGAGAUCUCAUCGCUGCGGGUGACGGACCAGACGUCGUCGCGGCGUACGCGGGGUGUCUGGUCACGCGCGUCGCCGCGCGAGCCGCGUUCGAGAGGAAGCGGCGGUCCAUGCUCGCCACGGACGUCAUCGAGGAGCUCGGCGAGACCAUGCAGCGACUCUUUCCCGUGUACGUGGACGAGGACUGA